AUGGCGCGCCUUCGGGCUGAAGAGGCACAGUCUCGGGACGACCGGGACGCGCUGGCAACCUUGAAGCUGCGGCAUCCGACAUCGGCGGUACCGGCUCCCUUCCAGCCUUCCAAGCAGUUCGGCGCAACUGAGCCUUUGGGCUUCUUUGAUCCGCGUGGGUUCACUGCUGUGGGCGACGAGAGGGGCUUCCGCAAGUUGCGAGUCUCGGAGAUCAAACAUGGGAGAGUGGCGAUGAUGGCGUCCAUUGGGCUGGUUGGUCAGCAUUUCCUGAAGUUCCCAGGCUUGAACAGUCCCGGCUGGCUUCUCCGUGAUGGGCAGGGCGAGGGUGUGCUAGAGAGCCUGGCAGGCUGGGAGGCCGGGCAACUUCCGCAGCGACCCUUUGGUGUGAACAUGUACAACGACGAGAUGAGGAUGAAGGAGCUGAACAACGGGCGCAUGGCCAUGAUUUCCGUUCUGGGUAUCUUUGCGGCGGAGAUGGCAACGGGCAAGGAUGCCAUGCAGCAGUUCGGUCUUCCUGCACUGGGUGCGGGGCUUGCCUCGUCAGCCUCAGCAUCCCGAAGCAGCUUUGCAGGAAGCAGCUCUUCGCGAGUGGCAGCUCAGCAGAACAUCCUGCGCCGAGCGGAAGCCGUGGUGGAGGACGUACUGCCUCCUUUCCAGCCCUCCAAGCAGUUCGGCGCAACUGAGCCUUUGGGCUUCUUUGAUCCGCUUGGGUUCACUGCGGUGGGUGACGAGAGGGGCUUCCGCAAGUUGCGAGUCUCGGAGAUCAAACAUGGGAGAGUGGCGAUGAUGGCGUCUAUCGGGCUGGUUGGUCAGCAUUUCCUGAAGUUCCCAGGCUUCGAACAGUCCCCGGCUGGCUUCUCCGUGAUGGGCAGGGGCGAGGGUGUGCUAGGCUUCUUCGGCAUCUUCCUGCUCUGUGCUCUCUUGGAGCUGGCUUGGCGAGAGGAGCCUGGCAGCGACAGGGAGCCGGGCAACUAUGGCGACCCUUUCGGCGUGAACAUGUACAACGACGAGAUGAGGAUGAAGGAGCUGAACAACGGGCGCAUGGCCAUGAUUUCCGUUCUGGGUAUCUUUGCGGCGGAGAUGGCAACGGGCAAGGAUGCCAUUCAACACGUCAUGGCGCCUGCUUCCUCUCGAUUUCUCGGCACGGGUGUUGCCCUCGGCCUUGCCGGUGCCUUUGUGGCGCCUUCUCGACCGCAAGCGGAGCCCCAGUCUCGGGCGCCCGUGACCCGCACCCCUUCCGCCGCGCCGACCGGGACGACCGGGACGCUGGCAACCUUGGCUGCGGCAUCCGUGACCUUGGCGGCCUUUGGCAAGACCCAACUCAAAUCUACGGCUGCAAAGGACAUCGACGUACCGGCUCCCUUCCAGCCUUCCAAGCAGUUCGGCGCAACUGAGCCUUUGGGCUUCUUUGAUCCGCUUGGGUUCACUGCGGUGGGCGACGAGAGGGGCUUCCGCAAGUUGCGAGUCUCGGAGAUCAAACAUGGGAGAGUGGCGAUGAUGGCGUCUAUCGGGCUGGUUGGUCAGCAUUUCCUGAAGUUCCCGGCUUCGAACAGCUUCUUCGGCAUCUUCCUGCUCUGUGCUCUCUUGGAGCUGGCUUGGCGAGAGGAGCCUGGCAGCGACAGGGAGCCGGGCAACUAUGGAUGCCAUGCAGCAAUUCGGUCUUCCUGCACUGGGUGCGGGGCUGCCUCGUCAGCCUCAGCAUCGAAGCACGCUUUGCAGGAAGCAGCUCUUCGCGAGUGGCAGCUCAGCAGAACAUCCUGCGCCGAGCGAAAGCCGGUGGUGGAGGACGAUACCGGCUCAGCAGCCCUCAAUCAGUUCGGCGCAACCGAGCCUUUGGGCUUCUUUGAUCCGCUUGGGUUCACUGCUGUGGGCGACGAGAGGGGCCUUCCCGCAGGUGCGAGUCUCGAGGAGAUCCAAACAUGGGAGAGUGGCGAUGAUGGCGUCUAUCGGGGCGAGGGUGUGCUAGGCUUCUUCGGCAUCUUCCUGCUCUGUGCUCUCUUGGAGCUGGCAGCGGGGAGGAGCCUGGCAGCGACGAGGAGCCGGGCAACUAUGGCGACCCUUUCGGCGUGA